AAUUUUUCCAAAAUAAUAAUUUCAAAAUUUUCUUGACCUCUCAAACAAAGAAAUGUGGAACUUGGAAUCUCAGAAGAAGUCGAAAGUGUGAGAGCCUUUCUCAGCUCCGAUGAUGGCAUUGAAUCUCUUCCCCGCUUCUCUUCACCCAAUCUCAAACCCUUCUUCUUCUUCUUCAUCAUCUCGAUCAAAACAGAGACACCUCCUUCUCCAACUCUCUCCUCCUCGCCUCCGUUCUGAGCUGAGCCAAAGCGGUGUCACCGAAAACGACAACGAUCCUUCUUCCUCCGGUUCUUCUUCUUCAUCAUCAUCAUCAGCACGGACACAGCUAGAUCUCCUAGAACAGCUUACUUCCACCAGCGACGGUUACUUGAGUGAUGGUGGUGGUGGUGGUGGUGGUGGUGGCUUGAGGGGACUAACAGUUCGUGAUCAGUUGGCUGGGCUUGUUGGUGACAGAGACGAUGAUUUCACCAUCCCCUUGGGGAAGAACCUGAAGAAAGUGAGUCCUAAGUUCUUAACCACUUCUCAGAAAAGGAACAUCAAGAGGCAAAGCUACCUUAACGAGGUCUCUCAGAGGAAUGACUCUGUUUUCUUUGCUACCAUUGGUGCCUUUGUAAUCCUUCCACCUUUGUUGAUCCUUGGGAUUGCUAUUUUGACUGGCUAUGUUCAACUCUUCCCAUAAGUAUGUGUUACAAUAAUGAACAUAAUCGUUUCUUUCA